GAAUAAACACAAAAUGGCAUCACAACCCUCACUUCUUGCCGCGACGGCCAAGCUCAACAAUGGCCUCAUCAUCCCCCGCAUCCAACUCGGUCUCUACAUGAUGUCUACCAGAGAAGCUACAGAUUCAGUGCGACAAGGUCUCCUCACCGGUUACCGCGCCUUUGACUGCGCGCAGAUGUACCACAAUGAGCGCCAGGCUGGUAAAGCUAUCAACGACUUCCUUGCUGGCAGUGAGAACACGUCUGGCUUGAAGCGUGAGGAUAUCUGGUACACUUCCAAGCUCGCUAGCUGUGAUACAUCGUAUGAUAUUGUGCGGCGAUCAGUAAAGAAGUCUGUCGAGGCUUCGGGUCUGGGAUACAUCGACCUGUUUCUGCUACACAGCCCUUAUGGUGGAAAAGAAGCGAGACUCACCAGUUGGAAGGCCCUGGAGGAUGCUGUUGAUGCGGGUGAAAUCCGCGCUGCUGGAGUCAGCAACUACGGUUCUGCGCAUAUCGAAGAAUUGAUGGCGUCUAACCCACGAAUCGCGCCUGUCAUCAACCAGAUCGAGGUCCACCCCUUCAACACCCAAGAGGAUAUCCGAGCCACCUGCGCCAAGCACAACAUCGCCAUCGAGGCUUACGCGCCUCUUGCUCGCGCUGAGCGCAUGGAUCACCCUGCCAUCCUCGACAUGGCCAAGAAGUAUUCUGUCACUCCAGCGCAAAUCUUUGUCAAAUGGGGUCUCCAGCACGAUUUCAUUACUUUGCCCAAGAGCACUAAGCAGAAGCGCAUGAUCGAGAAUGCAAGCGUUGAUGGGUUUGAGAUUUCAGAAAGUGACAUGAAGACGCUGGAUGGUUUGGAUGAGCACUUGGUUACUGAUUGGGACCCUACCGAUGCACCGUAA